AUGUCGCAUGGUUUACAAUCUGUUUGUGAUGCUAUAAUUCUUGCUCGAGCAGGCCAGUAUAUUUCUGAUGCCGAGUUCAUUUUACUUUUCGAUUACAACUGGUCAAAACCAUUGUUCCCAUAUUGGAAAUUUGAUGAAUUUAAUAUGGAUACUUGGGAUGAUGAAGAAUGCAGAACUGAAUUACGGUUUGCCAAGGGAGAUCUGCCUGUGUUAAAAGCUGUAUUAGGAGUUCCAGAUAAAAUCACCUGUCAACAAGGGACAACAUGUUCAGGAGACGAAGCACUCUGUAUUUUGUUGAAACGGUUUGCAUACCCAUGUAGAUACUCGGAUAUGGUGAGCAGAUUUGGUAGAAAUCCUUCAGAGCUAUGUUUGAUUUUUAAUGAAGUGUUGGAUUUUUUGUAUGAGCGACAUCACCAUCGCCUUCAAAGUUGGAAUCAGCCAUUUUUGUCACCAGAAAUCCUUCAAAUUUAUGCUGAUGCCAUUCACAACAAGGGUGCCCCACUGGAUAACUGCUUUGGGUUUGUUGAUGGUACUGUUCGACAAAUUGCGCGGCCAAAGUAUCACCAAAGAGUUAUGUAUAAUGGUCAUAAAAGAGUCCAUUCAAUUAAGUUUCAAAGUGUUGUUCUACCUAAUGGUCUCAUUGGAAACCUUGCUGGUCCCUAUGAAGGUAAACGACAUGACAGUAUGAUGCUCCAAGAAUCUGGUCUCUUAACAAACCUACGACAGAUUGCCUUCUACAACAACAACCCUUUGCAUAUAUGGUGA